AUGUCUUCCAAAUUAGACGCAUUUAAUUUUCAAAUUGUCGUCCAAUACCUUUUCUUCUCCGAUGACUUUGUUAACUCGAUUCUCGUUUGCAAGAAAUUUGAAUGUGUGUUAGACCGUUUUAGGUACAACCCAAUACAAGUCAGAUGUAAAAGGCUAUUUCCGUAUAUGGAAACACAGCACUUAUACCAAUUGACUGACCCCAAAAUAUUUUCAGUGAAGAAUUAUGUAGUGUGGUAUCCCGUAUGUUACUCACACGCAAAAUCGUAUCAGAACGAUUUAACUUACACGUUUAAAAACAUCCGAAUUUCAAAUUCCGACUUAGAAAACGUCGACAAAUUAGAAGAGAUUUUGAAUGACAAACACAUCAAAAUUUACAGCGCUAAUGUUCUCAACAAAUUUGAUGUCAUCGAAUUUAAAGUGCCCCACCACGUCACUCUCCUCGAAGACUUUGUAUUCCAAGAAAAUUUACAUCUUGAAAAAAUUACACUGUGUGAAGGGAUACACACCCUUCCUCAAUACUUUUGCAACAGAUGCACAAAGUUGACUUCGAUUAAUUUUCCUUCUUCUGUUACACGAAUUUGUGAAAGCGCUUUUUCUAAUUGUGGAUUUGAAAAAAUGGAAAUUCCAUCGUCGGUGGUUUAUAUAGAAGAUUCCGCUUUCUUUAAUUGCCAACAGUUGAAAGAAAUGAAAGUGUCAGAAAGUGUCAAAAUACUAUGUGCAUCAGUCUUUGAAAAUUGCACUAAUUUGACUUACGUUGUGCUCCCAAAUGAUUUAACAAAAAUUCAAAUGUCUGCAUUCAAAAAUUGUAUUUCACUUGAAAUGAUAAAAAUUCAUGAGAAUGUCGAACAUAUCGAAAAAUACGCAUUUGAAGGGUGUGAAAAAAUCAAAGAACUUAUGUUCAGUGCAAAUUGUGAACUUGAAGGAGACGAUUUUAUUAAUUGCACUAGUUUGACUAAUUUGGUACUUCCAAUUUUGGAUGGAAAGGUCAAAUACAAAUACAGCGAGUAUGAUGGUAAUAUCGUUCAAAAUUUUUAUGAAAUGUUUCCUCGUGUCGAUGAAAAUCUCGAAAAUGAUUUGGAAGACACUGAAAGUCAAAAUUUAACAGAUGAAAAGGUUUGUGUUUUGUUGUUAUUUUAUUAA